AUGACAACAUUUGACUUCUCGGAUAUUGAGGCUUUUUUGGACUGCCACCCAGAUCUUUUCGAGGAGUAUCUAGUCCGAAAGGCGAAAUGUGACCAGGUGAGCAGAUGGCUGAGAGAGCAUCCUCCGUCGAAAGUGCCAACCACAGCGGAGGAGAAGCGCGGCGCUGCCCGGGACCCGCUGUGGCCGACCAACCCGGAGGGGCUCCGGCGCAGAUCCUCCCACAUGGAGCUGCGACGGAACUUCGCCCGGUCCAAAGCCACUACCGCACACCGGACCUAUGACGAACAUGUGAGCCAACACGAGUCCCAGUCCAGCAUGAGGCGUCGUGCGCUCCUGCGUAAAGCCAGCUCUCUGCCUCCGACCACCGCGCACAUCCUGAGCUCCCUGCUGGAGUCCCGGGUCAACGUGCCCCAGUACGCGUCCAGCGCCAUCGACUACAAAUACAGACUUAAGGAAACUAACGAGAGGGAGUUUUUCUUGGAGUUGGUGAAGGAUAUCUCCAAUGACUUGGACCUGACAAACCUAAGUUACAAGAUCCUGAUCAAUGUGUGCAUCCUGGUGGAUGCGGACAGGUGUUCGCUGUUCCUUGUGGAGGGACCCGCGCACAAGAGGACACUGGUGUCCAAAUUAUUUGAUGUGCACUCUGGCACCACUGUCAGACCAUCAUCCAGCACCCUAAACUCCAAUGAAGUGCAGGUGCCAUGGGGAAAGGGUAUUAUUGGAUAUGUGGCAGAGCAUGGAGAAACUGUGAACACCCCAAACGCAUAUGAGGACCACCGCUUCAGUGAUGAGAUAGACAAGCUAACAGGCUACAAGACUCAGUCCAUCCUCUGUAUGGCCAUCUGUAACAGUGAUGGGGAAGUCAUAGGUGUUGUUCAAGCUAUCAACAAAAAUCCCAUGGGCACUCCCUUUACCGAGGAUGAUGAGAAGGUACUGCAGAUGUAUCUACCAUUCUGUGGAAUAUCGAUUUCCAAUGCCAAGUUGUUUUCGGAGUCUCGCAAGGAGUAUGAAAGGAGUAGGGCUCUGCUGGAGGUGGUCAAUGACCUGUUUGAGGAGCAGACUGACCUGGAGAAGAUCGUAAGGAAGAUCAUGCAGCGAGCGCUGACCCUGCUGCAGUGUGAACGCUGCUCUGUGCUCCUCCUCGAAGACAUUGAUUCACCCGUUGUGAAGUUCUCCAAGACGUUUGAGCUCAUGUCUCCCCUGUGCAACAUCGACCGGGAAAUCAGCAUGGAGAAGCUAUCGUGUUCUGAUUGGCUGAUCAAUAACAGCAUUGCUGAGCUGGUGGCUUCCACAGGACUACCGGUUAACAUCAGCGAUGUGUGUCAGGACCCGCGCUUUGAUGCAGAGGCGGACCAGGCCUCAGGGUGUCACAUCAGAUCAGUGUUAUGCGUCCCUAUCUGGAAUCGGACCCAUCAGAUCAUUGGGGUUGCACAAAUUCUGAAUCGCUUAGACAGGAAGACGUUCAACGAUGCAGAUCAGAGACUGUUUGAGGCAUUUGUGAUUUUCUGUGGACUUGGAAUCAACAACACUAUGAUGUACAAUCAGGUUAAGAAGACGUGGGCCAAGCAGUCUGUAGCACUGGAUAUGUUGUCCUACCAUGCUACCUGUUCUAAGGUAGAAGUUGACAGACUCAAGGCAGCUAAGAUCCCCCUGAGCAGUGAGUUGGGCAUCGAUGAGUUCCACUUCAACGACUUCUCUUUGGACAAUGACGCCAUGAUCACCGCGUCACUCCGGAUGUUUCUGGAACUCGGUGUUGUGCAAAAGUUUAAAAUUGACUAUGAGGUUUUGUGCCGCUGGCUUUUGACUGUGAGGAAGAACUAUCGAACUGUGGCGUAUCACAACUGGAGGCAUGCCUUCAAUGUGUCGCAGUGCAUGUUUGUUAUGAUCACAACAGCCAGUUUCCGGGACGUCCUGUCGGAGGCUGAGAUACUGGCCCUGAUGGUCGGCUGCCUGUGUCAUGACUUGGACCACCGAGGCACCAACAAUGCAUUUCAAGCCAAGACCGGCUCAGCUCUGGCUCUGCUCUACGGCACGUCAGCCACCCUGGAGCAUCAUCACUUCAACCAUGCAGUCAUGAUCCUACAAAGUGAGGGUCACAAUAUCUUUGCAAACCUCUGCUCUAAGGAGUACAGCAACAUGAUGCAACUAUUGAAGCAGGCGAUUCUCUCCACAGACCUUACUUUGCACUUUGAGCGCAGGAACAAGUUCUUUGAGUGUGUUCUCUCUGGAGAAUUCAGCUGGACAGAUGAAGGACACAGAGAAGUUAUCAGGUCCAUGAUGAUGACAGGAUGUGAUCUGGGCGCAGUCACUCGUCCUUGGAAGAUAUCCAAACAGGUUGCAGAGCUGGUGACGAGUGAGUUCUUUGAACAAGGUGACAGAGAGAGGUCAGAGCUGAAGUUGACCCCAGCAGCCAUAUUUGACCGCAAUCGCAAAGAUGAAUUGCCUGCCUUACAGCUAGAGUGGAUAGAUGGGAUAUGUAGACCCCUUUACCAGGCAAUGCUGAAGCUCAACAGGAAGUUACAGCCAAUGGUCGAUGAGAUAGAUGCCAAUCGCAACAAAUGGCAGGAGCUGUGCUCGUCCGACCAGGAGCCACGCAGAGCCUCAGUGACUGAUCUGAGUCCUCCUGAGCCCCAGGAACAACCCGACUCCACAGAGAAGUGUGGGUCAAAGUCUGAGGGCAGUCAGGAUCUGAGGUGCAGAGUGAGCAACGGUUCCUGUGACGAUGGCAACAAGACUUCUGCAGGAAAUAAGUAAAGCGCACCUAGUGUUACUUAUAGGUUUAUCCAUUCAAAAGCUCACAUGGGACUCAUCCAGUACUCUGUGAUAUUUUAGCACAUGCAUUACCCUCAAUUAUUUUUUAAAUCUGGGUUGAUGAAAUGCAGUUGUCAUCUGCUGAGCACAUUGCACAACAUAUACAUUCAAAGGGCAGUUUGCCUAUCUAUCUAUCUAUCUAUCUAUCCGUCUAGCCAUCGAUCUAUUUUUCUAUCUAUCUAUCCAUCUAUAUAUCUAUCUGUCUAUCAGCUUUUCAUUAUUGAGAUGUAUGAGAAGAAGAAGAGACUGCUGUGAAACCAAAGAGGGCCACUUAUUACUGUAAUUCUUUGUUAUGGGAAAUGCCUAAACAUCUGAAUCCCACUGGAACAGUGUAACAAAACGAAAAAGGAAUCACUGUGAUUUCUCUUACAUGAAAACACAAAUUGCCAUUAUGAAUGUAGACCGGAGCAUGAUGAUGUUCCUGAAUGUUUCUUACUGUCUUACCUCAUUUGCAAAUAUUUUGCUGCAUGGCACUUUUUUUAUGUUCUUAGGUUAACUGGUCCUUCUGCGAUCCAAUUGUUUUGUGAAUUGCAUGAGUGUAAUAUGAAAACAUUUUUUUUUUAUCAGUGGGUAAGGAAUUAGUAAAAUGAAGUUGAAAGGCCAAAUGUUAGUGUAUUGGUUGUGUACUGAUACAAUCUAAAUCCUCAGGCUGAUUGUUUGUAUGAGACCUCAUAAUCCCUUAAAAAAAUAUGACACAGAUUAAUACAAAUGUUGUUUUAAUUAACUUUCAGUGAAGAAAUUAUUUAGCUUUUUGGAAAUGUAAAUUAUUUAUAUGGAACCACUGAAAGGCAAGUGAGAAAAAUAAUCUGGUGAUCCAUCAUUUCGGUCUGAUCUAAAUCCUCAACAACGAUUAAGGUACAUUCCUAGUUUACAGAAAUACAUGAAAGUACUCAUACAUAACUUAUUACACAAUACAAAUGCUUUUUGUUUAAAGUACAUGAAACAAUUACUGCAAAACCCGCCUGGAAGAAAGCGUGGAGCAUUUCUGCCUCUUGUGGCCAACAUGAGUACUACAACAACAUAUAAAGAAUCCUGGCAAAAACUGCCAUAACUUGUUUAACUGUUGAACAAAUAUCCAUCACAGAAAUAUACUCCAAGCAAAACUUUCACUAUCUGUUUUCAAAUAGAUACAAAAUAAAUAAUUAAUGAACUUAGAAAGAUUAUCCUUUUUUUCACAUGAGAAAACUUUUAAAUCUGGCUCAGAAAAUGGAUCACCAGAUUUGUUUUCCUCACUUGCCUUUCAGGGCUUUCAUAAAUGAUAUUAUUUUUUAGACAAACACCAGCCUGUAUGUCUGUGCAGCCUUAUCUUUAUUUUUGUUCACAAGGUCCCACAUGUAACUGUAAUUGUUUUUUUAUGCGAAUGAGUACAAUUUGUCUCAGUAAACCCUUUAGGAUGUCACUGAUGACUCCACACAUAAAUGCUUGCUAAGCCAAGUGUGGCACAUGUUUUUGUCACAUAUGUAUGUAUGUCCUAACACUGAGCUAUGCUUUAGACACCUACAGCAGUACAAACAGGAUGUAAAAAUGCCAAAAUAUAUAUUUUAAGGAAGUUUAAGCAGAAUGUGAGUUCAUGUAACCAUUGGUUUCUUUUGAUUCAUCACAAUGUUUUGUAGUUCUUGACUUGGCAGCAUGUCAAAUAUGUUGAAACUGCAUGUUUUAUGUUUGAUGUUGAUACUGAACAUUAUCUUGAUGCCUUUGACUGCCCUAAGAGAUUUGCUUUGCAUGAAAUUACUGUAAGAAAUAUACUUAGUGUUGUGAAGUAGGAAUAUUGUCGCUGCACUAUUGUUGAGAACAGAUACAGAUUUCUAUUUUCGAUCACAGACUGUACUGAAAUUAUACAUUCAUAAUUUUUUUUACAUCUGACUAUAUUUAUGCAAAAUUGGCCUUUUUCUCCUGCUAUUUAUAAAAACGUCCACUAAAAAGAUAUAAUUAGAGGAGACAAAAAGUUGCUACACUUCAGAUGAAUCAAUCUCCUGCUGGUUUUGUGAAUAAAAUGC